AUGUCUCAGGUUGCGGUCACUCGAUCUAUUCAAACCUCUCUCUUCCGCCCCACCUCAGGAUCUACACAAGAUAGGUCUCAAACCUUGUUGAAGCCGGCAACUUUUUCAUCCAAAGUCUUCUCACCACAGGGUAACAAAUCCCUCAAGCUCAGUAUCAGAAAUUGUCACAUCAAUGCAAUAAAGUCCGCAUCAGCUGAAGUUGUCCCUGUCUCACCUGAUGAUGAUUUAAAGAUUGUGGAGGAGUUGCAGAAGUUGCCUGCUUCGCAGCAACUUGGUGAUGCUUCUGGUGAAAUGUGGUCUAAGCCAAUAGUUAGAAGGAAGACUAAGAUUGUUUGUACUAUUGGUCCUUCUACUAAUACAAAGGAGAUGAUUUGGAAGCUGGCGGAGGCUGGGAUGAAUGUUGCUCGAAUGAAUAUGUCGCAUGGAGAUCAUGCUUCUCAUAAGAAAGUUAUUGAUUUGGUGAAGGAAUAUAACGCACAAUCAAAGGACAAUGUAAUUGCUAUCAUGCUUGACACCAAGGGUCCCGAGGUCAGGAGUGGGGAUUUACCACAACCAAUUCUGUUAAAAUCUGGACAGGAGUUCACUUUUACUAUCCAGAGUGGUGUUGGAACUGCAGAUUGUGUUAGUGUGAACUAUGAUGAUUUUGUCAAUGAUGUUGAAGCGGGGGACAUGCUUCUUGUUGAUGGUGGUAUGAUGUCGUUCUUGGUUAAGUCGAAGACAGCGGAUUCUGUGAAAUGUGAAGUUAUUGAUGGAGGAGAACUCGGUUCAAGGAGACAUUUGAAUGUUAGAGGAAAGAGUGCAACACUACCUUCCAUUACUGAGAAGGAUUGGGAUGACAUCAAAUUUGGAGUCGAUAAUGAAGUUGAUUUCUACGCCGUGUCUUUUGUUAAGGAUGCACAAGUAGUUCAUGAACUGAAGAAUUAUUUGAAAAGUUGUGGUGCUGAUAUACAUGUAAUUGUAAAAAUUGAAAGCGCAGACUCCAUACCGAACUUGCAUUCAAUCAUUACCGCGUCUGAUGGGGCUAUGGUUGCAAGAGGAGAUCUUGGUGCAGAACUCCCUAUUGAGGAGGUUCCGCUUUUGCAGGAAGAGAUAAUUAGAAUAUGCCGUAGCAUGGGAAAGGCUGUUAUUGUGGCAACAAAUAUGCUCGAAAGCAUGAUUGUUCACCCGACACCAACCAGAGCAGAGGUAUCUGAUAUUGCAAUUGCUGUUCGAGAAGGUUCCGAUGGAAUCAUGCUUUCUGGAGAAACUGCUCACGGAAAAUUUCCAAUAAAAGCUGCGAAAGUAAUGCACACGGUAGCAUUGCGGACAGAAGCCUCUUUAUCAAGUGGGCAAAUCCCACCUAAUAUUGGCCAAGUAUUCAAGAACCACAUGAGCGAGAUGUUUGCAUACCAUGCAACCAUGAUAUCUAAUACUCUUGGAACGUCAACGGUUGUCUUCACUAGAUCGGGCUUCAUGGCUAUUCUGUUGAGCCAUUAUCGACCUUCUGGCACCAUAUUUGCUUUUACUGAUGAGAAAAGAGUACAACAAAGGCUGGCUUUGUAUCAAGGAGUCUGUCCUAUUUACAUGCAAUUCUCUGAGGAUUCUGAAGAGACAUUCACAAAAGCCUUGGAUUUGUUGCAGAAGAAUGGAAUGGUUAAAGAAGGAGAAGAAGUAGCCCUUGUACAAAGUGGAAGGCAACCCAUUUGGAGGUUGCACUCUACUCACAAUAUCCAGGUCCGAACAGUAGCCAACACAAAUUAA